AUGGACAAGCCAGUAACUAUAACCUGUGAAGCAUACGAUGUGGAAUCUAUCACCUUCACUUGUGGAAUGCAGAGUGUCGAAGAUUUGAAUGUCUUUGUCAGGGUGGAGCAACAAGUUCGUUCAAAUGGGCAGUCAGAAUCAGUGAAAGUUUUUGAAGCUUCAGUAAAUGUGUCGAAGGAGAAAGUUGAAAACUAUGAAGCUGGAGAGGAAUAUUCGUGUCAGUGCUUUGCUCAUUAUCGGGUUUCUGCCACUGGAGAGUAUAAAGUGUUAAACAGUACUAAAGCUGCUGUGAAAAUAGCAUAUCUAAACGAGGAAUUUGAAAAGGAACCAGAGGGUCACAUUGUCACUGAAGGAGGUUUCUUGACCAUCUUCUGCAAACCUCCUCAAGGGAACCCAGAGCCAAAGGUGUCAUGGCUCAAGGAUGGAGAAAACUUUGAUGCUGUAAAUAUUGUCCAGAACAACUUACUAGUUUUCACAGAGACUGAACUGGAACAUACGGGAGAAUAUAUUUGUGUGGCUGAAAAUGUGGCAGGAAAACGACAAAGCUCACCCAUUAUGAUUGAAGUCAAAGGGGGAAAAGGGGGGGGGGGAGACUCUGAUGAUGGAGAUAAUGAAUUUGGUGUAGGUAAAGAAUCAGAGGAGGAGCAGGGCACGGCAGUAGCAGAAGAGACUGAAUCAGAGCACACUGAUGACGAGACUCAGAUAAAAUUGGAUGUGUUGAAAACUGAGAAACAAGAAGAGGAACAUACUGUUGAGAUAUCAUUGGCCAAGAAUGUAAGCAGGCAAAGUGAAGAAAAUGAUAAGGACUAUCUAGAAAAAAAUCAACUGAGCGUGCUGGUAGAUGAUACAGACAGUGAUUACAAAGAUGAAUAUCAUGAUGGCGACAACCAUGUAAAUAUAGGGGAAAGACAAAAAACUGAUGCCUCUAAAUGUGAACAGAUGCUGUCACAUUGUAUUGCCAUCUUGCCAGAUAGUACUUAUGGUCCAGAAACGUGCUUAGCACUUCCACAGCAUAUUUCUUGUAUUGAGAGCUACAUCAGCAAAUGCAGAGAAAUGGUUGAUGAAGAUACACUGAAUGCUGCCAAGUUGGAUUAUGAAGACAUUCGGGUGAAAUGUGCAUUACAGCCCAAAUGUCCACAACUGGACAAGUGCAGAAGAAUAUCCGCAGCAAGGGCCAGCAAUCAUCUAACAGUUGCACAGUUUUGCCAGGAAGACAAUUUAUUACAGUGUGUAGAUCAUGCAGUGGCCACCUGCAAUGCCACACUGUCUCCUGAAGAGGAGAAGAUCAAGUCUAAUUUGUACAAAGUUGUUGACUGGUUGGUAGAUUUUUGUGAAAGACUGGUCGUAAGCGAUGGAUCACUAGCAUCAUGUGAUGAAAUGAUGGUCUGUGACCUUCAUAUUGAGCAGAUGUCAACUGAUAAUACUACUUCCUGGUGCAAACUAAUCAGCUCCCUUGUGGAGUGUACAAACAGUGCAGUCAAGAAAUGUCAGCUGAAUGAAUUGAGAAAUGACAUAGAAGAGCUCUAUUCAGAUGCUAGACAUAUUGUUUGCUCAGAAG